ACGCCAGCCGUGCCAUGCCAUACCGAGUUUUUGAAGAGUUUUAACUGAACGAAAGUGUGAGACCGUGAAGAACGAUCUCUGGUGGCGAUUUCAUUGGUUUGGAUUUCUUGUCUUGAUGCAUAUUCCAUUCUGAGCCUAGAAAUUCUUCUCAAGCCGAACGAUUUUUCUUAGGUUUUCCGUCAUUUCCCUCAACUGAUGCUCCUUUUCGAAGUUUUCUCUUCUGGGUCUAUUUUUGACGGGAUCUGAUGUGUAGUGCCUAGAUUGAUUUUUCCGAACUGGGACAUUAUCAUAUUAUAAAGCGGAGGCUUCCCUUUUUAAUCCGUAGAGGGAUUGGCUUCCUCAUCCUAAUUUAUUCCUAGGGUUUCUUUCGGUUUAGUUGCUUUGUCUUCGCAACAAUUGGCUGUGAAGUUGUUCUCUGUUUGAUCAGCUUGAUUAGUUUUCGGGGUUGAGAAUUUUGCCAUUGCUCUAGGGAUAUUGCUUUUCAUCCAAAUUUAUGAUCGGGUUCUUUCUUGGUUCAUGCUGAUGUCGCGAUGUGAUUGUAAGAUUCUACGGAUAUUAUGUUGUUUAAAUUGAAGAAUAGCCAAGGCUCUGUGCGCUCCUUGUUUCAGCAAGCUCUGCACCACCACCACCACCACCACCAUUAUCUUCUCAUGGCUCUUAUGGUUGGCUACGACCCUUCUUCCAACUUUACCAAGGCCUUUUCGGAGUAUUCAUCUCUUUCUUUUGGCCGUGGCAGUAGCCUCGGCUGCAACCUAUCUUUCCCAUUUCUUCGGAAGCAGCUGUAUGCUAAUGUUUUCCAAGUUAAUAGAUGCAUAGGAUUCACUCUUCAAGGUUGCUUCGAUACCAAUAACAAUAAUAAUAAGCUUUUUAUCAAGCCAAAGGCCCGUGGCUUUGCAGCUUUCCCUCGCCCGCCAUCGUUAGCGGAUAUAGAGGAUGUUACUGUCCGGGAUAAUAAUCGCAAUGCUACUAUAAAUACAUCGUUAAAUAGGAGUCCCACUAAACCUCUGAAUUUUCAGGAUUGCCAUUUGUCCAAGAAACUUGUUGUUGCGGUUGACGUUGAUGAAGUAUUAGGGAACUUCGUGUCAGCUUUGAACAGGUUCAUUGCAGAUCGAUACUCAUCAAAUUAUUCAGUUUCUGAAUAUCAUGUGUAUGAGUUCUUCAGGAUAUGGAAUUGUUCUCGUGAUGAAGCUGCUGCCCGUGUGCAUGAGUUUUUUAAGACACCAUAUUUCAAGACAGGGAUCCACCCUCUCCCAGGUGCUCAGACAGCCCUUCAGAAGUUAUCAAGAUUUUGUAACCUAUCAGUUGUAACAUCACGGCAGAAUGCAAUCAAGGACCAGACAAUUGAGUGGCUAGAGAAGAAUUUUCCGGGACUUUUUCAGGAAAUUCACUUUGGAAACCACUUUGCUCUUGAUGGGGUGCCUAGACCCAAGUCAGAGAUUUGUAGGUCUUUAGAUGCUCAAGUUCUAAUUGAUGAUAACCCAAGAUAUGCUAUAGAAUGUGCUGAAGUCGGAAUCAGGGUCCUGCUUUUUGAUUACGAGAACUCGUAUCCUUGGUGCAAGAUUGAAUCUGUUGAUCAGCAUCCUCUGGUGACUAAAGUUAAGAACUGGGAAGAAGUGGAGCAACAAAUAAUGUCAUUGACAGCUUCAUAGUCUCUAAUUCCUGCUGGUAACCUUUUUUGUGACACCACCCUUUUGCUAGAAGUAUUGUUCUAAUUAGUAGGCCUACAAUGUGUAUGGAGGAGGUGAGAUCAUUUGAAGCUGCUAGAGUUAGAGCACUUGCCUGGGAGGGCCGGGCUGGGGUAGGAGAAGUAUAAAAUUGCUCACAUUUACAUUCUUUUCUCCACUUUUGAGCAGCACCAUGCAAGAGUGGAACAUGAAGUUGUUCAAGUGGAAAUUCUCCUAUGAUUUGUUGGCAAAGAAUCCUUUUACAAUUCCGUUAUGGAUAUAGAAGUCGAACCAUUUACUUGGGUCGUUGUACAACAAUUAAGGAAAUUUGAAGACGCCUUUCUCCGUGCAUUGCAUGGAAUCUAGAA